ACUUGUCCAUCCAGUUUCUUUCAGUAAUCUUAGAAGCUCCGAGGUAAACACUGCAUUUUAAUAGCCGAGACUGUGAAACCACUUACCCUGUAUUUAAAAAGACAGAAAAUGGUGCUUCACGAUGCAGAUGUGGAUUAAACUUUUGACCCAAUGGUUCCUGCUGUCAACAGCUGAAUGUGGCUCCCACUCUCUUGAGUUCCUGUCUACAGGACGUGUGCAGCCUGAAGAUCAGCCUCAGUUUGAACAACUAGCUGUAUUUGAUGGAGUUCCCAUCUCUUAUUGUAACAGCUGGACAAAAAGAGAAGAGCUCAAACCUACCCUGGAAUCAAACAACUUACCUGAACGCUGUGAUGAAGCAAAUUAUAAUAUCAUAGACUCUGUCCAUGUGAUUCCAGCACUGAUCAACAGCACAGUGUAUGUUAUACAACGGCGCUGUGGCUGCAUCAGGUCAGCCAAUGGGAUUGUCUCUGCUUUUGAUGCCUGGGCAGUGAAUGGGAUGGACUUCAUCAGCUUUGACCCUGAAUCCCAGAGAUGGAUAUCCCAGUCUCCCUCUGCAGUACCAGUUAGGCAACAGUGGAAUAACAAUAACGACCGGAAUUUUGCCUUCAAACACUUCCUCAGAGAACAAUGUCCACUAUUGAUACAGGGGAUGAAAUUAAGAGCAACGCACCAAAACACAGAGCUACAUAUAUUUGCCAAGCCCAUUGCUGACACAGACCAGGCACUGCUGAGGUGUCACGUGACGAGUACUGACAAAUCAGUGAGCUCAGUGCAUCUGAUUGGAGAUGGGGCUUUCAAGGCCAAUUGGAUCUCUGUAACUGGACCAAUACCUUCUGAAGACGGAUUUGUGAUCCUCAGACUGACAGCUGGGAUCUCUCUGAGCCAAAGCUCCAACACGUACGGCUGUAGAGUACAAACAGGAGGCCACAACAUCACCGUGUUCUGGGAUGGGAAUACUCUUGAUGGCAAAAAUCUUCUCAACAUGUUAACUGUCCAUUGGAAAAUUCUGACAUCAAUCCUUGGAUUUGUCUGCAUUAUCCUUGUAAUCACUGGCAUAUCUUGUGGAACAAUAUUCUUGCUUAAGUGUGUCAAGAAGAAGUCCCGUCCUCCUGCAAGAGUUGAUCCAGAGCUGAAUGAGCAGUUUACAAGGCUGGGUCAGAGUGUUACCUCUCCAGAUCUGCAGAGCGUCAUUUUUUCAUUCACACGGGGUAGAGAGGGAGAAAGAGAGUGGGACCGUUGGGAGAUGAGCGUUAUUCCAGGGCAGGAAGACAUCUAUGAUCCUGAAUACUUUGCUCAUCUAAUUAAUGGAGCAUAUCGAUAGUUACGUAAGGAAUUGAGAAAUAAAUUUGAGAUUGCAGAAACCCAAAAAAUUCUGCAGUUUAAAAUAUCAAAUGUAAACGUCACGUUUUACUGUCAGUUAGUGCAACACUGCUGUUUUACUGUGUCACUGCUGUUUCCUUCCAUUCUUUAGUGUAUAUAUUUCACACUGAGGUUUCAGAUACAAUAGCCAGCUCCCAGCUAUUUCAAAAAUGGGUGAAGAGUUUGAGCUGAAGAGGCCCGAAUGAAGCCUGGUUACUAAAAACAGCCGUCUGUGACGGCACCCACCUGUCACUCAAAGCAGCCACGCCGUUAAUUAUGUAUAACUUUGAGCUUUAAUGUAAUUUUAACAGGUGAUUUAUAUAUAAAUUCACCCCCUGUACAGUUGUCAUAAACAGGAAUAUUAGCUAUUGAGACCAAAAUUGUUUUUUGUACCAGGCUGAACAUGUUUGCUGUAAGUUGGACAUUUUAAUAUGGGGCCUUAUGGAUAUUGACUCACUGCUGGAGCCUGCCUCAAGUGGCUGUUAGAGGAACUGCAGUUACUUCUGCAUUGGCUUUACAGUGUUUGCUGCUUUGUAUCAUGUAGCAAAACAGGGAGUUGCAUAAAGGUUUAUGUUUGAACCAUGUAGCUAUAACAACACAAGACCGUGAACUCUUAAAAUCUCUUUUAAUGAAAAUAUGUUGAAUAAUUCAUUAAACUGUACUUUAUAUAAUUUUAUUCAACAAAACUAAGCCUAAAAACAAAAUAAUACUCAACAGUCCACUUUGAAAUGUAUAUAGUUGAAAAGUGAAUUUAUAUUGAAGAACUAUGUGAGUGGAGUAAAAAGAAAAGCAGCUCUCGAUGACCCACAGACAGGCAGCAGUGCUACUGAAGGAUUAUUAUUAUAACAGCAGUAUCUCUGCAGGUUGAAGGGCUGCCACUGUUAAUGAUCAUAUUUUUAUUCAUUCAUCUCAAGAACUGGACUUAAUUAUCUUCUUAUGUUGAGAUACCAAUGUCAGUCAGUCCCAGGUAAUAUUAUGUACUGGCCCCUGUAUGUAAAGAGUGUGCAUAGAAUGCCUUAUAACCUACCAAAACUAUGAAUAUGAGCUAAAACCUCCCUUUCUUGUCAAGCUACUUUCCGUUUCCAGUAUUAUUUAACAUACAUGUAACAUGCUCUUUGAUUUAUAUGCACCGUUCUGUCUCCUACACAAAUCUGUUCUGAUAAACUCUGAUUCAUUCAUUCAUUUACAUUUAUUCCAACUCAUCAAUCCAAACACAAGAUUGGACCUGCUUCCUCUCACAGAUUCACUGUAAGACCUGACAAAACAACUUAAUGAAAUAACUAAGUUAACUUAAAUUAAUCCAUAAGUUCAUAUUCACAUGACAGACAUAUUCAGCUGACAACCAUUUUGAUAAUCAAUUAGUUAUACCUUUCAUCAUGUGUCAGCUUUUUUGACAGGUAAUGUAAUAAUUUGCUCUUGGGGAAGAAAAAAAUAGCAAAUUCAACUUGUUGGUAAUAUUUGUAUAAAGAAGAUGCACUGAAGUGACUUUAUUCAGUUAAUUCUAUUCACAGAUUUAAAAUAAUUUGAAAUGAAAGAAAUUAAACUUCAGCUGUUGAUGGCAAUCUGUUUCCUCAAACAGUUUGUGUUGAACUAACUCAUCAGGUUUUACAGUGCUGAUUGACAGGAACUUAAUUCAGAGAUGAACACUAGUUCUCUGAUGCCGUUGAAGAUGUUUACUACAAUACUGUCUGCAAGAGCUGGAGUCAACAAGUCUUUAUUUUUUAUUAAUGAUACGUUAAUAUGGAUAUGAGUGUCAAUGCAUUCAAAUGCAUGUUCUUAAAAUAAAAUACAGAUUAAGGCUCUGUCUACAUUUUAAAGAGCAGCUGGGAUUCUGUCCUCUCCCCCACAGUUAUAUUUUAUUUUAUUUUAUAUUUUUGUGUCAUUUCAUGUCUUGCAUGUUGUGUGUAAUAAAAACAAAUCAAAUUCAAA